AUGCAGUUUCAGGAGUGGUUGCGAUCCCUCCGCUCAGGUGGAGGAGUCAAGGGCCCUGAGGUGGAGGACCUGCGGAGCAUCCUUCCCUCUCUCCCCUCGUCUUUCUCCCUCUCCUCUCUCUCCCUCUCUCCGUCCUCUCUGCUGGGCCUAGGAGCCUUGGCCUCUCUCACAGCCUAUUGGCUGGUCACACGGCCCAGACCUAUCCGCCCGCCCUGUGACCUCCACGCCCAGUCCAUACCUGUACAGGGAGACCCCAGCUGUAGGCGCUCAGCCUUGCUGAAAGAUGACAACCUGCUGGAGUUUUACUAUGACGACACAAGGACGGCUUACGACAUGUUCCAGAGAGGGUUGAGAAUAGCAGGUGAUGGUCCAUGUUUGGGCUUCAGAAAGCCAGGUGAGCCGUACCAGUGGAUCUCUUACACUGAGGUGGCAGAGAGGGCUCAGGUUUUGGGCUCUGGACUCCUGGCCAAAGGAUGCCAGCCAAACCAUGACCAGUUUGUGGGCAUCUACGCCCAGAACAGACCAGAGUGGGUAAUCGCAGAACUGGCUUGCUACACAUACUCUAUGGCUGUUGUUCCUCUUUAUGACACACUGGGAGUGGAGGCCAUGAUUCAUAUUCUUAAACUGGCGGAAAUCUCCCUGGUCAUCUGUGACAAAGAGGAGAAGGCAGAAUCUUUGCUGACGAAGAAAGAGAAAGGCGUGACUCCCACGCUGUCCUGCCUGGUGCUCUUUAACCCCUGCAGCGCCGCCCUGGUGGAGAGGGGGCGUAACUGCGGCGUGGAGAUCCUACAGCUGUCUGAGAUUAUGGAUCUGGGUCGGCAGAACCUCAAACCCCCUGUGCCUCCACAGCCUCAGGACUUAGCUGUUGUGUGCUUCACCAGUGGAACAACAGGAAAGCCAAAAGGAGCCAUGAUCACCCAUGGCAACAUCGCGUCCAACACGUCUUCCGUCAUCAAGAUCUUAGAGGGCUUUUUUGUGAUUCGUCAAGAGGAUGUGUCAAUCUCCUACCUGCCACUGGCCCAUAUGUUUGAGCGCAUGAUUCAGGUGUCUAUGUUCUGUCACGGAGCCAGGGUGGGGUUUUAUCAGGGGGACAUCUCUCUACUCAUGGACGACAUUAAAACCCUCAAACCCACAUUCUUCCCUGUCGUCCCCCGUUUACUCAACCGCAUCUACGACAAGAUCAUGGGCUCUGUGACCUCUCCGCUGCGGAGGGUCAUUCUACAGUACGCGGUGAGAAGGAAGCAGGCAGAGCUCAGCAGUGGAGUCGUCCGUAAUAACAGCCUCUGGGACAAACUGGUCUUCAAUAAAAUACAGGCCAGUCUAGGUGGUAAUCUCCGGUUCAUUCUGACGGCUUCAGCCCCCAUCUCCCCUGCUGUCCUGUCUUUCCUCCGAGCCACGCUGGGCUGUCUGAUUUUUGAAGGUUACGGGCAGACUGAGUGUACAGCAGGCUGUACCUUCUCCAUGCCAGGAGACUGGAGUGCAGGCCAUGUGGGGGCGCCAUUGCCCUGUGCCAUGGUGAAGGUGACUGAUAUUCCUGAUAUGAACUACUUCGCGAAGAACGGAGAGGGAGAGAUCUGUAUCCAGGGUCCCAGCGUGUUUCGGGGAUAUCUGAAGGACGAGGAAAGAACGGAUGAAGCCCUGGACAGCGACGGUUGGCUCCACACUGGAGACGUGGGACAGUGGCUUCCGAACGGGACCCUGCGCAUUAUCGACAGGAAGAAACACAUCUUUAAACUGUCUCAGGGAGAGUACAUCGCCCCGGAGAAGAUCGAGAACGCGUACAUGCGAUGUUUGCCAGUACUACAGGUUUUUGUACAUGGAGACAGCCUGCAGUCUUAUCUGAUUGGCAUCGUGGUGCCAGACCCGGAGGUGUUCAGUGACUGGGCCAAAGAGAGAGGCUUUGUGGGAUCUUAUGAGGAGCUCUGUCAGAAUCCAGAUGUGAAAAAAGCGGUGCUGGAGGACAUGACUGCCGUGGGGAAAGAGGCGGGGCUUAAGUCCUUUGAGCAGGUAAAGGAUUUGUAUCUGCAUCCUGAGAUGUUUAGCGUGAGUAAUGGUCUCCUCACCCCUACCUUGAAGAGCAGACGGGUUGACCUCCGCAGAGUCUUCCAGGAGCAGAUUAAGCAGAUGUACAGCAAGACAGCUAUUUAG